AUGGCGGCCGAACAGGGAGGUCUUCCAGCGCUUUCUUCUUCAGAGUCUUUACUUUACUUCUUCGUGGACGUUCCAUGGACGAUCAUCAUCCUUGUAAGCCUGGUGGUUUGUGGGAUUGUUACCGGGUUGUUCAUGUGUCUGAAGAAGGUCAAGACAAAAGUCAUUGGCCACCCUCCCCCAGUGAAAUACCGCUUCCGUAAAAGGGAUAAGAUCAUGUUUUAUGGUAGAAAAGUCAUGCGGAAGCUUUCCACAUGGCGCACUCCACAAGAAACCACACAGGAAACUGACGACCCCAGUGCUGUGAAGUCCAGUGUGAGUAACACCGUCGUGGUCCAAGGGUCCUCUUCACGGACAAGGAUAAAGAAGCGACAGAAGUUUGUCCAGCUUGUCAAGAAGAUCCUGCGUCUGCGUAAGGAGGGGUCCAAACCAGGUGUUCAGCUGAAGGAACCUCCGCCUGCCCUGCUGGAGGCAGAUCUGACAGAGAGUGGGGAGAGCCACCUGCCUCCAGAGGUCAUGUACAUGCUCAACUCUGUCAGGGUGUUUGGUCACUUUGAGAAGCCCAUGUUUCUGGAGUUGUGUCGCCACAUGGAGACUAUCAGUAUCAAUGAGGGGGACAUGCUCUUCAAAGUCGGACAGCCAGAUGACAGCAUCUUUGUGGUGGUACAAGGCAAGCUGACUGUUUACAUCACAGAAAAGGAUGGCACAGAAAUGCAGAUGAAGGAGGUGCUUGCAGGAGACAGUGUGCACAGUCUGCUCAGCAUUCUUGAUGUCAUCACAGGCUACCCAGCACCAUACAAAACUGUGUCAUGCAGAGCAAUGGAAAAGAGUACCAUUCUCAGGCUACCAGCUAAUGCAUUACAAACUGUUUUCAAGAAGUACCCAGAAUCUCUGGUCAGAGUGGUGCAGAUCAUCAUGGUGCGAUUGCAGCGGGUAACUUUCAUGGCUCUUCACAACUACCUGGGUCUCACCACACAACUUAUGAACAAGUCCCUACACCAGCAUCACCACCACCACCAUCAUCACCACCACCCCUCCCACACCACUGGACAGCCCAAGUCUCCUAAGAAAGCCAGCGCCACUUCUGUAGGGAGUUCUACAGAGAAGGUCAUCAGAUCUGUCAACUUUGAAGAUGCUGCACCCUCCUGGAGUGACAGUGAACAGAUUUCAGCGAAGACCAGUCGGCCGUCCCGUGCCACUGCCCAGUUGGAUGUGCCUGGUGCGCGUAUUUCGCGUCUGUCAAGUUUCCGGGGCAUGUCAGUGGACAGUGAGGGGAGCGGUGCAGAGUCAGGUCCCUCAGACUUCGACACGGCCUGUGACAGAGCCAGGGUGAUGGGCUACGUCGGCACUCCUCCAGUGGCCAGGAGACACAGUGGGGAAGGCAGACCUAGAAUUAUAGUACGCCAUAGUUCACAUUCUGCACAAACCAGUCCUCUGGUAAAGGAUAACAGGCACCGCCACACCAGCCAUGAUGACAGUUUUCUCCACGGGGCGACGUUCUUUGACCGCCAGGAGAGCUCGGAGGCAGACGUCCUCUCCAAGUACCAACAGUGGACGGAGGAUGACGAGGUCUUGGAUGCAGCAACGGAAGACUUGGCCAAAUUGUUCGGCUUAGAUGAGGAGACCCUGUUGCGAGGCAGACUGACCCUGGAACAUUACCGUGCAGGACAGUACCUGGUACACCAGGGAGACCAGGACUCCAGUCUGUUCUUUGUUGCCACAGGAACACUCCUGGUCUGUCAGAAAACUGUGGACCCAGAGGAGGAGGAGACAGUGUUGAUAGUGUCCCAUUCCGGUGAGUUGGUGGGAGUGUUAGCCACACUGACAGGAGAGCCCUCCUUCUUCAGUGUCAAGGCCAAACAGGACAGCAGGGUGGUUGCCAUCACUAAGUCCAACUUCUACAGUAUAAUGCGGGACUGUCCCCACGUGGUGUUGAACGUUGCCCACGCCUUUGUGAGCAGGAUGUCCCCGUUUGUACGCCAGAUUGACUUUGCCCUGGACUGGAUGCUCAUAGAUGCAGGCAGGGCGCUCUACAGACAAGGGGACCCGUCAGACUCCACGUAUGUUGUGCUGAACGGACGUCUGCGGUCCGUCCACACCCUCGCUAACGGCAGGAAACAGCUGAUGGGAGAGUACGGCAGGGGGGAAAUCGUCGGAGUGGUUGAGACCCUGACCCAGUCCCCUCGAGCCUCCACCGUGCACGCUAUCCGAGACACGGAGCUGGCCAAGAUGCCUGCUGGGCUGCUGGACACCAUCAAGAGAAAACAUCCGCAGGUUGUGACACGUCUGAUCCACCUGCUGGGUCAGCGUAUCCUGGGCCACAUGCAGCAGAGACCACAGACACCUCUUCUCGACAUUCCAGCCAGCAUGAUGAACCCAGCCUACCUCCCACGUCAGCACUCCUGGGACACCCCGAGUGUGACCUGUCACAUGGCCAAUGCUAACCUGACCACCGUGGCCCUGCUGCCUGCCUCUGAGGAUGUUCCACUCACCACCUUCUCCCUGGAGAUGUACCACUCUCUUACAGCAAUAGGCUCAACUCUGAGACUAACCAGUGAUAUUAUCAAGACAAGACUUGGAGUCUCUGCAUUUGACAGUGUACAGGAGUUCCGGCUGUCCAGCUGGCUGGGACAGCAGGAGGACAUCCACAGGAUCGUGCUGUACCAGGCUGACCCCAGGAUGACAGCAUGGACACAGCGCUGUAUCAGGCAGGCUGACUGUAUCCUCAUCGUGGCUAUAGGAGACAAGGAACCAACUGUCAGUGAACUGGAGAGUCAGAUGGAUGCGAUGGCUGUGCGUGCUCAGAAGGAACUGGUGCUGCUGCACAAGGAGGACGUGGUGUCUCCCAUCGGCACUGCUGAUUGGCUGAAUGCUCGCAGCUGGAUCUCCUCCCACCACCACAUCAGCUGCCCCAAGAGGAUAUUCACACGCAAAAACCCCAAGAAAGUGAUGGAGAUGUAUGAGAAGAUGUUUGAGAAGGACCCUGAUCGUCACUCAGACUUCUCCCGCCUGGCACGUUUCCUGACGGGGACAUCUGUGGCCUUGGUGCUGGGGGGAGGCGGAGCAAGAGGUGCUUCCCAUAUUGGAGUGAUGCGAGUUCUACAGGAACAGGGCAUCCCUGUGGACAUCAUCGGGGGCACCAGUAUCGGGGCCCUGAUGGGCGCUCUUUGGGCAGAGGAGAGGAACUGGCGUGCAGUCUCAGACAGGGCCAGGGGAUUCUUCUCUAACAUGACGUCCAUCUGGAAGAAGCUUGUCGACCUGACGUACCCUGUCACCUCCAUGUUCUCUGGUGGUGCCUUCAAUAAGGGUAUAGAGGGUGUCUUCGGAGACAAACAGAUUGAGGACCUGUGGAUCCCUUACUUUAACAUCACCACAGACGUGUCGGCUUCCAAGAUGAGAAUCCACACAGAUGGUGACGUGUGGCGGUAUGUGCGAGCCAGCAUGACCUUUCACCCCUACCUUCCUCCCAUGUGUGAUACUCGCGAUGGCCACUUGCUUGUUGACGGCUGCUACGUGAAUAAUUUGCCAGCCGAUGUUGCCAAGUCCAUGGGUGCUAACUUCGUGAUCGCGGUGGAUGUCGGCUCGCAGGACGAUCGUAACCUGACCCACUAUGGGGACUACCUGUCUGGCUGGUGGGUCCUGUAUAAGAAGUGGAACCCCUUCACGGAAAAGAUCAGGGUCCUGGACAUGAGUGAGAUCCAGCAGAGACUGGCCUAUGUGUCCUGUAUGAAACAGAUGGAGGAGGUCAAGUGUUGUGACUACGUCGAGUAUGUCAGACCACCCAUCGACAGAUACAAGACAUUACAGUUUGGUGCGUUUGAUGAGAUCAUGGAGGUGGGGUACGCCCAUGCCGUGGCCAUCUUCACUAACUGGCGGCGCAUGGACGAGGUGUUCGGGGUACGGCCACCUGUGGAGGAGCAGACAAGACAUCCACUGACUGGGAUCCAGUCCAACGCCUACUUCACAGACCUGGCUGAGCUGGUGUCCAGGAUUCCCCAGCAGAUCUCACAGAGGGAGGCAGCCAUAUCAGAUGAUGAGUAUUCCUCGGAGUAUGAGGAUGAGGAGGAUGCAGACAGUGGGCUGGUGGUCUCCACGUCUGUACCAAACCUGGCAGAGGCUUCCGACGAACCAAAGAAGAGAGAAGCUAUCUCUGAGGGCGGUACUCCUACAGACGAGGGCAACUUUUCGUUCCUCUCUUGCCAACAGAACAACCUGGGGCCGCUGGAGACAGAACUGAGACAGAGACACAGCCACGCUGAGCUCAGGGAGAGUGCAGAGGAGGAGGAGACUUGAAACAGGAAGUCGUACCAUUGGAACAGGAAGUGAUGUCAUCAUCACCAUGACAACAGGGAUGCCUCUCAACUUGCCUUUCAGUAGCCAUAUUGUUGUGUACAGGUGUGGUAGGUGAUCACAAAAUGUUAACCUUUUAUGUGAUAACCAGAA